CUGGGGAGACCAGAUAUAGUGAAUGCGGGGUCCGGGGAGAGCGGAUAUAGUGAAUGCGGGGUCCGGGGAGAGCGGAUAUAGUGAAUGCAGGGUCCGGGGAGAGCGGAUAUAGUGAAUGCAGGAUCUGGGGAGACCAGAUAUAGUGAAUGCGGGGUCCGGGGAGACCAGGUAUAGUGAAUGCGGGGUCCGAGGAGAGCGGAUAUAGUGAAUGCAGGGUCCUGGGAGAGCGGAUAUAGUGAAUGCGGGGUCCUGGGAGAGCGGAUAUAGUGAAUGCGGGGUCCGGGGAGAGUGGAUAUAGUGAAUGCAGGGUCCGGGGAGAGCGGGAUAUAGUGAAUGCGGGGUCCUGGGAGAGUGGAUAUAGUGAAUGCAGGGUCCGGGAGAGCGGAUAUAGUGAAUGCAGGAUCUGGGGGAGACCAGAUAUAGUGAAUGCAGGGUCCGGGGAGAGCGGAUAUAGUGAAUGCAGGAUCUGGGGAGACCAGAUAUAGUGAAUGCAGGGUCCGGGGAGAGCGGAUAUAGUGAAUGCA